AAACACUCAUUAAAAGGACACCUCGCUUCCUUUUUUGCAUUUAUUCCCUUAUUAUUUUGUUAUUUUUUCGUUUUUAAGAUGUCAAUGGGCGCUUUUACGCCUCUCAUGGGGUCUCCAAUCCGGAAUUACGAAGAGCUGAAUUUGAUCGCAAGUGGCGCUUAUGGGACAGUUUAUCGUGCUCGGGUGAGCGACACAGGCGCCAUCGUUGCUUUGAAGAAAGUCCGGAUCCCGUUAACGGAUGAGGGCAUCCCAAUGAGCACAUUACGGGAAAUUGCCCUGUUGAAGCAACUUGAGUCGUUUGAGCAUCCGAACAUCGUCAAGUUACUCGACGUUUGUCAAGGUCAACAACUCGAACGCGAAGGCCAACUCGUGCUCUUCCUCGUGUUCGAACAUCUCGAAAUGGAUCUUGCGGGAUAUCUCGCCACACGAGUUGGGGGUCUUCCGCCCAUGACACUGCAACGACUUUCGCGCGAACUUAUGACAGGAAUUGAUUUUUUGCACUCGCAUCGGAUCAUUCAUCGCGACUUGAAGCCACAAAAUUUGCUGAUUUCGUCGAAUGAGUUGCUCAAAAUUGCGGAUUUUGGACUUGCGAAGACGUACGACUUGGAAAUGCGACUCACGAGUGUCGUGGUGACGUUGUGGUAUCGCGCUCCGGAAAUUUUGCUGAAGAUGCCGUAUCAGAGUAGUGUGGAUAUUUGGAGUGCGGCUUGUAUUAUCUUUGAGAUGUUUCAAAAGGCGCCACUUUUUCCGGGUAGUAGUGAGGGAAAUCAGUUGGAAAGGAUAUUUGAGUUGACGGGAUUGCCGUCGCAGGAACAGUGGCCUGCGAAUAUUUCGAUUACGAGGGAGAAUUUUAGACCGUCACGCCCGAAGGAGCCGAGGAAUUUUUGUAGGAAGCUGUGUAAAUAUUCGAAUGAACUUUUAUCGCAAAUGCUCGCCUUUGACCACAAAGAUCGUCCCACAGCCGCUCAAUGCCUCCAACACGAAUAUUUCACGCAAGAACCGCUCAAAGCGUAACGCUCGACCAAUUAACUGCCAAUGAAUUCAACAUUUUUUUUUU